CCUGUAAGCGUGUAUUUUCACUUCCGUGUAAACAGGUGAUUGAAGUGGUUGGAUACGGUAAACAAUCCACCUGUAUAGCCGAUGAAUUGAAGCUAUAUUUCACCUAGAGAUCCAUGACUUUCAAUUGUUAUGCCAGGUCCAUGUGUUGACUAGUUUGUAUUUCGUUUUUAUAGAACAUGUAUCUUCGAUAGGAUAUUUAGAGAAUUAUGGCAAAUUUGAAACUAAUUGAGGGAACAUGGUUUCCUACUGGCUACUAUGGGCAUUUUCGCAGUAAAUCUAGGAAUGAUUAUAUAAAUGAAUUCCGUUAUUUGGCAAAACCGUCACCACCGAAGAAGUUUAUAAAGCGCUCAGGGGAAAAUGUGGCAAGGCAUGUGUUUUCUCAUCACGACAACAGAGAAGCUUUCCUAAAUGAUGCUUUAUAUUUUGAACAGGGUCUUGGCAGACGUCGUGUUAAAACCCCAUACGUGAGCACAUUCAAACCAGAUCUGAUCACAUGGAUGCCACACAAGAAAGAGCUUGAUCGCUCAGAGCCACACGUGUCCACUUAUAAACUCAAUUACAAUGUCCAUGCCAAUGCAAGGGAGCAGCUUUUCAUUAAAAGACCCAAAUCCUCUUUUGAUCCUGACUUUAAAGCCACUACAACAUAUCGUUAUGCCCAUGGCAAGGACAACCCUAACAGAGAUACAUUGUGUGCAAUGAAUAACCAAAUUUUACUUACAACAGGACAGAGACAGUUAAGACCACACACUGCAAAAGCUAGGGAGACUGUAGCAUCAUGUAUGAGCUGGAAUGUAGCCCCCACUACAACGAGGCGGAUUCCUCAAGCCACAGCGACAUAUCCUCCAGCUACCUGCACUCCAGCUUCCACACAGGUGUCUCUUCCAGGUGCAACAACGGUGGUGCAGUGAAAACACCCUGCUGUAGUCAUUUUUUUAAAAUGGGGUUCAGUACACUUCACAUAUAACUCUUCUCCUUAUAAAUCAAAUUGUGGUUUUAUUGUAAGAAAUUUUGUAGAAAGCAUUUUUUUCUCUUUGGCUUGAAAUUAUGAAAUAAGGGUAACUUUGGUGUAAUUUAAACAAAUUUUCCAGUCCUAAAUAUCUUGAGUUAUGCAGGGUCUUCUGUAUCACAGGUUCACUGCUUAGGUUCAAUUAUUCAAUGAAAUAACCGGAUACUGCAAUACGGCAGAAGAAAGGGUAUUAUUCCAGCCAGUCUGUGAAAAAAGAUUGUUAAUGCACAAAGAGAUCAAACAGAAAUUUAUUGAAUGGUUUUUUCUCUGUAAUUUUGAAAGGGACAUGAUUCUCAGGGGACACUGCGUCUAGAUUAACAGAUAAAGACCAAUUCAAAAUAAGGAGAAUUAUUCACCAUAUAGAUUACUUAGGUUUACAAUUUUAAUAUAUCUGUACUGGGUAUUCCACGUGUCAGGUAAGAAAAGUUCACUGACAUUCAAAUCACAAGGGCUCAUAAUUCAAGGAAUCUUGAAAUCCAAGUCAUUAUCAAGAACAAAAUUCUAAAACAUUCCAUGUUUACUGUAGGUGCUCAUGUAAGU